AUGUACUGCUACCACACCCGCCUACUAACGGCUUUGUCGUUGGUUGUUACAGCAUUGAGUCAAGAUCCUAGCAAUGGCCCUCCAUUGCCUCCACCACCACCACUACUUGCCAGUACGACUACCUGGAAUGAGACCGUUAUAUUUACUUGUCCACCAGCGCCAACUAUCUUGGUGAACGUCACUCAGUAUAUACCCAUCACUGAUACGACUACUGAUACCGAUGUCAUUACGACCUCUAUAUGGGACACAACUACACUUCCGAUUACUAUAUAUCAGACAAUUAUAUCCACCACAGUGCUCACCUCAACGAGGAUUGUAACGGAAACCUCAACAACCGUGACACCUACCACCGCAACCGCAACAGAAACUGUUGUCGUUGCUCUUCCAACUACCGAGACUGAGACGGAGACUUCAACGACUGUCAGCCCCACUACUGCGACAGAAACUUCCGUGGUCAUUGUUCCAACUACCGCGACUGAGACGUCAAUCACGAUCAGUCCUGUGACGGCAACGGCAACAGAGGAGCUGCUUCUUUCCACCUUGACGCAAAGGGUGACCAGUGUUACAUUGUGCCCGACCCGAUUGGUGAAUCCAAGUUACACAGCUCAGGGACCAUAUCCCACCGACUGGACAUGGGGGUGUCCUCCCGGUUGGCUUUGCAGGCCUACACGGGACAAUUGCAACUUUGAAGCUGGAAUUCCUGAUCAAGGCUUCUUGUGCCCACCUAAUCAUUGCAUUCCAGCAGAAGCACUUCCAGUGCCUUUGGUGACCUGGGAUGACACAAUCUAUGGCAAUUCAACCCCGGCGCAGAACCCCGGUUUAACAGUUCAGGCUCUUGAUGAUUAUUUCAACAUGAACCCCAGUGAUUUUGGAUUGAGCUAUGAGAUUUUCGUGAUUGAGGAAACGAUCACACUCACAUCGACCACAGUCCGCCCACCAUCCCCAACCGUCGGAGCGAGACAGGCGCAAACCAGUGUUCCGGGAGCGUGCUUCCCUUGGUGCAACAACUGUCUGCUCGAAGCUCAAGCGAACGGCAAGACUCCUGCUCUUUGUGUUCCAGGCUCAGCAUUCGAAACAUCCUUGGAGAAAUGUGAGCAAUGUAUCCAGGUACACAAAACCGAUAGCAGCGGUGGAUUUGUUCAGAUCGCACCACAGUUUCAACAAUUCCUAGAUUACUGCGACCAGUUUUCAACAAUAAUCGUCACAACCUCGGUGACGGCAACAACCAUCAAUAGUGCUGGCUCGACAUUAAGCUCUAUGUCAUCAUUCUUAUCAACUACUGUCACCCCACGGACUUCGUCCGUCACUUUGAGUCCAACUGGACCCCAGACUUCAGUAUCUACGGUAACUGCUCCUAUAGUCACGACUGUGGUUUCGACGAGUUAUUCAGAGAGUACUGUCGCGGGAGAUGACUGGUCGCAAGCGACGAUCAUUUUACCGCUUGAAAACAAUAGCACAACGACGAUAUACGGCUCUGAAUUGACAAACGGAGCGACUCUCGUAUUACCAGUUGCACAAACCACGAAUUCAUACACCACAACCCUCACAGGUGGCCCUGCUCCAGUCAGUUCUGCACCACCGACCACCAUCUCGGGUACCGUGAUUGCUGGUGCAUCGUCUAGUGCAGUCGCAUCUGGAAGUGCAGUCCCAUCACAAUUUCCUGGUAGCGCCUCGAGAUCUUACGAGGUCAAAGAGGCCCGUUAUUGGUGGACUCUUGUGCUCGGCAUGUUACUGCCACUGGUCUUUGCCAUUGGUCUAUGA